UCAUGGCCGUCAUCUUUACCUGUGAGCACAAAUUUGGACAGAAAAUGACUUGACACUUGAAAAUUGUUUUAAUUAACGGCAUAUCCGGGAUGCAGUAAUGGAAGAAUUACCAACGUCAGAGAAUCUCUUCCAACUGUGGAUGAUAUACUCUGCAAAGAAUGACAUCAAAACGCUGAAGGAAUUUCUGGCAAUUUUCAUCAAAUCUUACAAGAACUUGAUUGACUAUGAUUUUGACCACCUCAAUGAAGUGUUUUCAGAUGAAGGACCCCACAUGACUAGACUACCUGAUGGCAUCCUUGAGGUGUUCCGGAACCAUCUGUCCCAGACGAGCGAGGUCUACGUUCAGCAGAAGGCUGCGUCACACCUAACACUAGCCAAGUCCAUCUUACAGUGCCUUAUUGUCAUAUGCAGAAACUGUGACAAUGUGCCUAUGGUAGCAGCCUGUGGCUUUGUGAAAUAUGUUGUCAACAUCGGCAUGGCGAUCAUUGAACAGAUGUCAUCUGACUUGCCUGCAGAGGAAAGGGAAGAGUUGUCUACCUUUGUGAAACUAACCGUUCACUUCUUUGAGUGCCUGUAUGAUCCGUUCUUUGUGUGGCGUCGACGGAUUAGAGAAUGGACAGUAGACAGAAGUAGAAUCAAAUAUAGACCAGCAUCUCUCCAUGUAGAAGUUGUCCCUUAUUUUUAUGAUUGUUGUGAACGUGGAAAUUUCAAUACAGACCUAAAACUUCGACAGCUUCACAUGUUUGGGGCCAUUAUGUGUGGUGACCCGUCCAAUGCAUUAAAAGUGAUCACACCUGCUACCCUUGAUGUCCUGCUCAAGAUGCUGGCCUUCGAUAAGACACAGGGUCCGACCAAUGAACAACGACAGGAGCUGCUGAGUCUGAAGGAACUUGUUCUCAAGUCUAUCAUCUGUAUGGUUCACAUGAUACAUGCCGCCAUACCAGAUCAGCGACAAGUUGAGGUUUCUCAGGUGAUGGAGGGCUAUAUGCAGGUGUUACUGGAGAAUGACAUGGAGCCAGAGGAUGAGAAUGAAACUCGAAUGCAGAUUGCCAUGAUAGGUGCCAUUAACGAGAUGCUGGCUUGCCAGGAUAAAAGUGCCCUACAGGUGAUAAUGGUCAGUGGUGGGACGUUUGAUGCCUUUGUAUCACUUCUACAAAAAACUGCUUUGACUGGAAGUGAGGCCCAGAGACUUGCCAUGUCUGUACUGCGGGUGAUGAGUACAGUACUGUCUGGUUCUGUAAACGCCAAGGAGCGGUUCCAUCUGAGGGUUGGUUACACAAAGUUUGUGGAAGCGCUGAAGAGUCUCGGACAACCAUCAAUAGAGCUAUUAAAGGCAGUCUUAAAUCUGGUUGUGGAGGAUGAUUUUGACAGCUCAAAAGAACUCAACGUGCAUAACACACAAGCGGCCAUUAUGUUGCUAUGUUGGUUGCCAGACAUCCAGUCACAUGACCUCCAGAUUUGGCUGUCAGAGAGUUUGAGCACGCUCUGUGGGAGAGGACAUAACAACAAAAUGAACUGCUGUAACAAUGGGAUGAUCAGUGCCAUCUUAACUGUGCUGGGCCGAGAGCGACAGAUCAAUCAGAAAGCUGUAGGCCACCUCAUCAGCCUCCUGGAAUCCCUUGGGACCCAGUCAAUCACCGCGACAGAGUUAAAACAACUGAUAGGUCUACUGAGGCUGGACGAGGAGGAGAAACAGAACACAUACUGCAGUCGUCUGAUGCAUGCUAUAUCCACGAUGGCUCGCCGUGAGGGUAAAGAAGGAGCGCUGCAUUUCUUCAACCUUCAGGACACUGCAGAUUGUAUUACGUUGCCAUCUUUCCGGAAAUGGCCUGGUGCUGGAUUCUCGUUUCUGACCUGGAUUUGUCUGGAUAGUACUGUGAACACCAAACUCUACAACUUACAGGACAACACAUCAUAUAGGCGAAUCCUUUAUAGUUUUGUGUCCAGUGCUGGGUGUGGAUUCGAGGCAUUUGUGAUGCCUAACUUUGAUAUUGUGAUAGCUGUAUAUAACCGUAAAGAAUACUUCACUGUGAUAGUGACAGAAACUGGCCUCCACGACAAUCUGUGGCAUUGUAUUGCCAUCGUCCAUACCAGUUCUCGUCGCCCGUUCACCAACAGUCAACUCAACGUCUACAUUGAUGGGAGACUCAAACUCAACUCUCAACUAAAAUCACCCAACAUGACAGAGGCCUUUACUUCUUGUCGAGUGGGAUCACCCUGUCCUCGCUCCACUAUGAAUCUGGUAACUGACCAGUCAGCUCCAGCUACAGACACAAAGACCAAAAAAUCACCUUUAAAGUUCUUCUUCUCUGGUCAAUCAAAGCCCAGCCCCAGGGAACCGGGGGUAAACUCGUCACUGACAGGAAAACAGGACGACGAGUGGGGUUCUCCAAUCUUAAUUCACGGACAGAUGGGUCUGAUCUGCUUCUUCCAUGAUGCUUUACAUCCAAGUCAAGUCAAAGCUUUAUUCUCUGCAGGUCCAAAUCAUCAGACAUUAUUUACCAACGAAGAAUUUUCAGAACUGAAUGAUUUAGUCACCAAAAUGGUUCUCCAUUACGAUGCCAAGGCCUCCAAGGAUGGACUGUGUGUGGAUUUGUCCCAGAAUCAGAAUCACGGCCAGCUCAUCGGAAAACGCUGUGUCACCUGGGACAUCAAGGAUGUAAUCAACUGUAUUGGCGGUAUCCAGGUGUUGAUCCCCCUUCUGGAGCAGGUAAACAAGGGGCCCCUCCAGGGGGAGCUUCUCAUGUCCCCGCCCCCAAGUCCAGGGGUCAUGUCACACUCCAGUUCACAGGAACAAGAUGACUGGGUUGUCGUCCCAAGUAGUUCUUACGCGGAUUCUAAACUAGAACAGAACCAAGUGUCUGGAUUCCUUACUCUGCUGCGUCACAUGCUACACAACAACAGUAUAAACCAAGACACGUUCGUACGAACUGGUGCUGCCGCAACCCUCGGAGCUCUACUGCAAAAGGUCGACCCGAAGCUGAUUGAUGUCAUUGUAUUAAUGGCUGUCCAGCUGCUGCUCGAGACAACGAUGACCAUCAACAAGAGUAUGGUGAAUCAUCUCUACCAACACAUUCUGUUUGACUUCAGGAUCUGGAGCAAAAGUGACUUCCCCGUCAGAAUAGGACAUAUCCAGUAUCUGUCCACGAUCAUAAAAGAUGACAGGAAGUAUUUCAGGAAGAAGUUUGGUGUACAGUAUAUUCUGGACGUAGUGAGAACCUACUACAGUUCGAGUGACUGCGGAUUAUCGAUGGUGGAUGCCAAGACGAUCCGAGGCUCCCUUCUCAGUCUAGUCAAGUAUUAUAUGACAAAGGAUGUGACAGUGGAGGAGGUGUCCUCUAUUCUCUGUUUCAUUAUCACUGUCAAGGAAGAGGACUUGAUAUGUGAGACCCUGGACAUGCUGCUGUCUCUACUGGACUUACAGAAACGUCAGGACCAGUUGUAUCUUCUCAUGUUUGAACCAGACAUGGCCGAGCUGUUACUGGGACUUCUAGUCAAGGGAGGAUACUCUGUCAUGUUCUACGAAAAAAUCAUAAAGGUGCUGUAUACGAUUUUGAAGUCGGACAGAGUGUAUGAGAAGAGUAAAGCUCGUGUUCGCCUUAACGAAUGUGGCCACCUGGGAAUGAUUGGUAUGAUGCAGGACUGUGAAGUAUCCUGGCCGAUGAUGAAACGUUUCAUUGACCAAGUUACCAUCUCAGAUAAUCCCCAUUGCUGUAACUCCCUGUUGGCCUUGUUACAGCUGAUAUAUUACAGCAGCUCUGAUAUCAAACUAGAGGCCAGUCGAAAGAUAUUGGACUUUUUGGUUGAUAAAGUGAGUUCUUCCAAAAAUGUUUCAAAGCAGUUGGGAUGGCAAGAGGCUCUUACAAAACUCUUCAUCUUUCGUGUCACUGUCGAUCAACCAGUCAAUAACAAUCACGACAGCGUAGAUGCUUCUGAAAAUCCUGUUGGUAUGGCAACUGGUGGUGAUAUCUCAUCAUCGACCAAUAGCAGGGCUGAAACAGGAGGGGAAGUAAAGGAUCUCCCAACACAUGGAACGGGGAAUGGAACGCCAAAACACCCCACAACAUUAAGUUUAAGUGACAGUGACUUCUCUCUGACACCAACGCCAAAUACUCCACGUACACCCAUGUUCAUUUCACAACAGCAAUUUGAAGACAUGACCUCGGAGGAUGAACGGCCGAGGUCAAUGAGUCGAAGUUCAAGUGCAAGUGCUGAAGACUUAAACACCUUAGGUCAGCGAUCGCAGGAUCGAUCGGGAUCUGUGAUCAGCCAAUCAGCAUUAAGUAUUUCUACAAGUGAUAGUAUUAUGAGUCUGACUGAUACUGCAGACGGAGGACCAGAUGAAUCUAGACGGAAAUCACAGGACGAAGUACAGAAUAUACAACAAGCCUUAGAUAAUCUGGGUAUACAGAAAAUUUAUAUCCGUAACAACAUGGAACGCACGGAGGAACUCUGUCAGAAUCUGUUAAUCAUACUCCUCAGUAUUAUGUGGAAAGGUAUAGAGGGAUCGGACAAAGCUGCCUGGAAGGAACGAGGGCAAGUAUUCUCAUGGAUUGACAAAAUUGCAGAGACACAUGAGCUGAUUCGGUCCCCCACAGAGGUGAAGCGUCGUCUGCUUGAGAUGAUGCUACACUCCUGUACCUCGGACAUCAGAGAUGCUGGUCAAGCAGUUGCCGGGCCAACAGAGAAUGCAAUCGAGCUUGUUCGACUGGUUCGACACUUUAUGCAAGUAGAUGUCAACCUUUUCUCUGACAAGGAAGAUAAAUUCACAGAACGGGAGAGUUCAGAAGGCUCAUUUCUGAUUGAGGACACAAUGACCUUACUGGACAUCCUGUCAGUGUGGGACGUGGAGUCCGAUGGAGGGUGGAAGGAGAUGGCUCGACUUGGACUUAAUCUCCUCAUCCUGUUUGCCAAACAUCCUAAUCUCGAGCUGUGUGCUGUAGCGACGGCGAAGCUUCACAAUCUAGUCCAGACGAAGCUCAUCUCCAGCUCUGCUGAGGCGUCCUACAUCAUCGGUAACCUCCACACCAUCAUAGUAAAAGCUGUCACAGAGAACACUGACAACUACUCCUUUCUGAUACCUGUACUUAAGGCCCUCAUUGACAAGGCAUUUGACCUUUUGAACCUUGACCUCCACCUGCCAAACUUGCCCCCAACUGCAAGAAGUCCGACAUUUUUCGAUGAUUUCCGAGCCUACUGUCUCACUGAGGAAUGGACUGUCUUUGUGGAGAGUUACGUGAAUCCUCAGAUGAACCAUUUUGUGGAGAAUACAUUUGGUGACAUCGAAAUGGCCACAAAAGACUUCUGGACCGAGUGUGAGGAGGCCAUGAUGGUUAACAUGCACAAACGAAAUCGCGAAAGAGGAGACAGCAAACUCAAAUUCCAGAGUCAGAUUAUGGAACCAUUUAAAAGCAAAACCUCACAUGAAAUACGUAGGUUUCAAAACAUCACUACACAGCUCCGAAACCAACAACUUUCCACCCUCCGCCACUGGAGAGCUACACGACAUUUCUUCACUGGGGAGCGGGGAGCUUGGGCAGACAGAAACAUUGCUUCCCAGCAUUGGAAACUGUCCAACCAGGAGAAUUUCUCACGUAUGAAGGUAAAACUAGUCCAGAACCACAACUUCGACCUUCACAUAGAGGCUGCUAUGUCACGUGAUAAUCUAGGUAUUAACGAGACUGAUGAUUCAGAGCAGUUACGGCGUCUGAGUGUUGCUAAGGAAGCCCUGGUAUCUAAGGAAAACAUCGCCGAUGACACAAUCACAGAUGAGGAAUGGAGUGUCAUCAGUUCUCAAGGACCAAGUGAACACAACGACAAAGAAAAACUUGUCCAUUCUGAGGAGUGUGAACUUGUGACCUUGGUUGACGUUAUCAAAGGUCGUUUAGAGGUUACCACUACACAUGUGUAUUUCUUUGACUGCAGCUCUAACAAAGAGGAAGGAGGUGAAGACUUCAAGUGGGCCGUGUCAAAACUGAGAGAAAUCCAUUUCCGUCGCUACAACCUGCGUCGCAGUGCCUUAGAAAUGUUCCUUGUGGAUCAAACUAACUAUUUUUUAAAUUUCCAGCCAAAGGUACGAAACAAAGUAUACAGCCGCAUCCUUAGUCUCCGUCCACCAAAUCUCAUCUACUUUGGAUCACGAUCUCCGGCUGAGCUGCUCAAGUCAUCUGGUCUGACACAAAAAUGGGUGCAGAGGGAGAUAUCUAACUUUGACUACCUGAUACAACUGAAUACGAUCGCAGGCCGGACGUACAACGACCUCAGCCAGUACCCUGUGUUUCCUUGGAUACUGAGUGACUAUACCUCAGAAACGCUGGACUUGGACAACCCAGAGGUCUUCCGAGAUUUGUCCAAACCUAUUGGAGCUGUGAACCCAAAGAAUAUAGAGUGUGUUAGGGAAAAGUUUGAAACAUUUGAGGACCCGUCGGGCGUGAUCGAGAAGUUCCACUACGGUACUCACUACUCUAACGCGGCCGGCGUGAUGCAUUACAUGAUCAGGAUGGAACCUUUCACUGGAUUACAUAUACAGCUCCAGAGUGGCAGGUUUGACGUAGCUGACCGUCAGUUCCACUCUGUGAUCGCUACAUGGUCUAGUCUGAUGGACAACCCUAAUGAUGUCAAGGAGUUAAUCCCAGAGUUUUUCUACCUACCCGAUUUUCUAGUCAAUAACAACGAAUUUGACCUGGGACUUCUUCAGAUAUCAAGAGAUCGUGUGAAUGAUGUGAUUUUACCAACCUGGGCUAAGUCUCCAGAGGAUUUUAUCUGGAAACACAAGCAGGCACUGGAGUGUGAGCAUGUCUCUAGUAACCUGCAUCACUGGAUUGAUUUGAUCUUUGGCCACAAACAAAAAGGACCGGCAGCUGCCGAAGCCCUGAAUGUCUUUUAUUACUGUACCUACGAAGGUGCGGUGGACCUUGAUGCCAUUAAAGAUCCCCGCGAGAGGAAGGCGUUAGAAGGCAUGAUCAACAACUUCGGUCAGACACCAUGUCAACUUCUCAAAGAGUCUCACCCGAGAAGGAUGAGCUUUGAUGAAAUGGUUGCAAAAUCAAUAAAGAUGGACAAAGCUUUAAAUGUCUUCUUCUUCCUGAACCAACUCAAGGUGUUUUUUGUGGAGGUUUCCAUGGAAACAGAUCCUCUCGUCUACAUCACCGUUCCUCGAAAUCAGGCUCGCUCCAUCAUACAGCAUGGUAUGCCUGAUACAAUGGUGACGGUAUCAGAGGAGGGCAUCGUGGGAUUACACGGCUGGCUGCCGUAUGAUAAAUCAAUCUCUAAUUACUUCACCUUCGACAAAGAUCCUGCUAUCGCAAACUCAAAGGUGAAGCGUCGAGUAGGGGGACCAUUUGCCCCUGGAGUGAAGGUAGAUGCUAAGCUGUUUGUGGUAUCCCAUGAUGCUAAGCUGCUGUUUAGUGGUGGUCACUGGGAUAACAGUUUACAGGUGUACAACCUUGGAAAGGGCAGAAAGGUCAACCACAUUGUUAGACACAUAGACAUUGUGACAUGUUUAGCCCUGGACUACUGUGGAAGUCACCUGCUGACAGGCUCACGGGACACGACCUGUAUGAUCUGGCAGAUACAACAACAGGGAGGAGUUAGCACGGGGAUAAAACCCAAUCCACUUCAGACACUUUAUGGCCACGAUGCUGAAGUGACAGCCGUCCAUAUCUCAACGGAGCUAGAUAUGGCAGUGUCCGCGGCCAAGGAUGGAACUGUGAUUGUCCACACUGUAAGGAAUGGUCACUAUAUGAGGACACUACGGCCACCCUGCUUGACCGGCUACACUCUCAACAUACCGAUGGUGGUAGUGGACGAGACCGGCCAUAUAGCUCUGUAUUGCCACGAAACAUUCCCAAUAGAUCCAAAGGAGAGAUUUUCCAUCCACCUCUACUCCAUCAAUGGAAAACACUUAUUCGCGGAGAAGUUGACCUAUGGCCUCGGUCACAUGAUCGUGUCUGGUGAACACCUUAUUACUGGAGACACUCAGGGCAACCUCAGUGUCCUGGACAUUUUUGCUUUGAAGACAUUGACCUCACUCCCACUCCAUGUUCCGAUCCACAGUAUCGCCAUAACAACCAACGGAAGUCACAUCUUGGUUGGUUUACGGGAUGGAAAACUCAUUAUUAUUGGUGUCAAGAACAAGUCUGACCUCAGGUUACCACAAAGGAAGCCAAUGUUUGAUUUGUAGGUUAGAAUACAAAUACUGAAUUCAAACACUCAGUUUUUGCAGUGACUAUGUCAAUAUCUUGUGAUCCAGCACAACGAUGAAGAAAUUGAGUGUAUUUUCUGGAUUUUGUAUUGCAUGUAUCUCCUUUGAAUCACUGAUGCCGACACACACUACCUAUGAGAACCAUGAAAUCUGUAUUAUAUAAUCCAUUUACACACACUACCUAUGAGAACCAUGAAAUCUGUAUUAUAUAAUACAUUUACACACACUACCUAUGAGAACCAUGAAAGCUGUAUUAUAUAAUACAUUUACACACACUACCUAUGAGAACCAUGAAAGCUGUAUUAUGAUGCAUAUAAAUCAUGGUCUAAGAUAACUGUUAUCAUUAAACAUUGUACGGUAAUAAUGUUUUGAGCAGUUGAAAAAUACAAAAUGGAAUUAAGAUGAAUCAUAAUCCAAGAUAACUAUACUUCAUAACAUGAUGACAUGAUUAAGACGAUCUGACAGUUGGAGAGAAAAUGAAUUUAGACAUUAUGUGGAUUAUAAUGUAACAGGUUUACAGUAGAUCCGAGACGGAAGUGUUUACAGUAAAUCUGAGACGGAAGUGAAUGUACCAGAUGUGUGUGCCAUAUACUUAAUGAACAUAUUUAUAACCUUUUGGUGUACGUGCUUCUGAAUCAGUACUUAAUCAUUUUCAUGAAUUAGCUUUUUGACAUUUAUUGAAUAAUCUACAUAUGUAUUUUCUUUAUGAACAAUAAUGAGAUGAAUCAUUCAUUUACCAUGUCAGAUUUGAAAACAUACUUAAUGGUAAAUAUUCAAGUUUAAUGUGUCCCCGGAAGUAUUGUUUUGAACAAAUUUGAAAAAGUGAUGGUAUGACCGUUUUAACUUUAAAGCUAAGAUGUUUUCCCAUAUACUGUAUAAAAUGAAAUAUUCGCUGUAUGUUAAGGAACCUCAAAAAUAAACACAACGAAUUAAGUUGAAAUACUAGACCACUAUUUGUAUGGCAAUACGAAAUUUUAGAAAUUUUAUACCCCAUUUUAAGCGCGGUAAAUACCGACGAAUACCUCACGUUAUACAGUCAGGUGUGUAGGUGUGUACAACAUGUUUGUUCCUAAGACAGUUUUCAUUUACAUAGAUUUGUAUUGGAUUUAUAUCUACAGUAAAAGUGGAGACAAUACUUGUUUCGGUACCAUACAUUAUCACACUAUCCUCUAUGCUUUCUCUCUCCUGGCGAAGGAAAGCCUUUGUUUAUAUUGUUUUUCCAGCGGGUCAUUUUUACCGCUAUUAUGUGCCAAUUGUAACCUCCUAACCGACAAUAUAUUGAAGGUUUAUAGAAUCGUUUAAUACACUAAUGUCAAUCAAUUUCCCCCUGGUUGGGGAGAUUAGGGGGUUCCUCUAGGAAUUACACACAGGGUGUUUUAUUUGCACAGAAGUAUUACUGAAGUUCAGAUCUGUAGAUCAUUAAACCUCGUCAUCAUCCACAGAUUGUUUUUAAAGGGGGAUUGACUUAUCUUGAAAAAUAGGUCGGUAUGGAUCAUUUGGCAAGCAAAACCUUAAUUAAAGUUCAAAUCUAUCAAUCUAAGAUACAUACAGACCACUAUUGACUUGUUAAUUUCACGUUAUCUUAAUUAACUUCCUUUGUUUACAAUCGUCUCUCCAGACGUAUCAUUAAUUAUACUGUUGUCUUAUUAAUAGUCGCAUUGUAAUGCUAAUGAGACAUUUUAUUUAUAAAUCAUGAAACUAAUAAAGAGAAGCCAAACAACUGUAUAAUAUAAUAUAAUAUGUGUGCAAUAUUUAUUCCAUUUUUUUAAAUAUUCUAUGUACAUGUACAUACCACUGAACAAAUUAGAUUAUGUUGAUAUUAACAUUCAUUUCAUAUAAGUUUUCUUAUAAAAAGUAAUAUAAUAUAUUUUGGAGAAUAGUUUCGAAGAAAACAAUAAUGCUAAAGAUGCAGCACAUGGAAUAAGGGAAAUAUCGGAGAAUAAAAUACAUUCAAAACUCAAAA